AUGAGAAGCGAGUACAAAGACCUCGGGGUUGAGCAUCGGGUAGACGUGUGGCAUUUGACUAAGAACAGCACGGAAGCCAAGAAGAAAGAAUGCAAGGACCUCUCUCCUUGGAUAAAAUCCGUGACAAACCAUAUGCGGUGGUCUGCGAUGACGUGUGACGGAAGUCCCCAGCUUCUCAAAGAGAAGUGGGUCAGCAUCCUCCACCACACGGCUGACAAACACGAUUGGGAUUCGUCUGUGCUGUACAAUUGUUGUGCACAUGAUCCCAUUUCCCCAAGGGCACAUCGUAAAACAAAAUGGCUGAUUGUAGGUUCCCCGGCACACGAAGCGUUAAAACAUGUAAUGCUAUAGAAGACACUCCUAUAGGAUUUGGACCUUCGAACGAAGAUCAUCCAUACAGGAGCCUUGGAAGUGUACCAGUUCACUCUACAACAAAUACGCGCCCAAGCCGUAUUGGAUAGCUGGGAAUAG